AUGGUUACUGUGUUGAGCACCAUGCAUCAUGAUAAAAACAUAAUGGAAAACCACCCGAAAAAGUUGCCAGAGAUCAUCGGCUUCUAUAAUUCUACAAAAUCCGGAGUAGAUACAAUUGACCAGCUUAUAGAAACAUAUACCUGCAAAAGACAAACUAAUCGCUGGCCUGUAGCAGUUUUUUCAAAUAUCGUUGAUAUCUCAGCGCUAAAUGCCUAUGUUUUGUGGACAGAAAUCAAUCCCUUAUGGAAUGCAACGAAAACAUAUAAGCGUAGACUUUUCCAUCAAAAUCUUGGCUUAGACCUCCUUAAUGGAGAAAUUGAACGUAGAAAACGUUUACCAAGAACUCAAUCGUCAGCAGAUAUUGUGCGAAAUGUGCGGGCAGAAUCAGAGCAACCAAGCACCUCGGCAGCAGCAACUCCGAAAAAAAGAAAAGCUAGUCAACGAGCCACCUGCGCAGUUUGUCCUAGCUCAAUUUGUCGCAAAACGUACGAACACUGUACUAUUUGUAAAAAACCCGUGUGUCCACAACAUCGUACAACGGUUACAGUUUCUACGACCUUUUUUCUUGAGCAUACAAAUUGA